UUUAUGAUCUUCUGAAGCUAUGUUGAUAAGUUACGGUCUCUGGGUCUUUACUGUCAUCAAAACACAACUCCUUCAAGGCGUUAUGCAUAAAUGCAGCACUCGUUCCAUGGACCGUUGCUGCCCUCUUCCGGACAUCUAAUCACCUAAAAUUCUCCGUAAAAAUAAUAUAUUUAUUCGGUUUAGUUAUGUACUUUGGUUUUAGUAACAUCUAUUAUAUCAGUCGGUUCGUUCUUACCACAAUACGAUUUCAUUUAACAUUUUAAAAAUUUGAAUAUUAAUCCGUGCUAAACAAAAAAGUUUCAGCACUAUGGCUGCGAUGCCCCUCCCAUCCUUUACUAUAAAACAUUACAACACACGCUUUCAGGAGUCCAAUUCAACUUAAACAACACUUUGAACGAGAUCACUGCGUAAAAAUAUGGCACACUAUGACGGUUCCUGUGAUGACUUUGAAGAUCUACUGACUAUACCUCUACACAACGACUACGGCAGUGGCAACGGGUUUGCCGAUUCGACUACAGGUGAAGUUCCACGCGAACCGAGUGUUGAACAGGUGAUCAUAGAUUUGACAGCCGAACACGAGGGGGACGAAGCGAUAGAACUUUCAGAUCCCUGGUGGGAGGAGGUGUUCAACGGUGAUGCUGCAGAGGUCCUGCCGCUAUACGAAAACUGUAUCGGGUGCAGCGAUUGCGAGCCAGGCUGUAGCAACUCACGCCAGAGCGGAUGGGGGCAAUCAUCCGGGGGUAGUGAUCAUAGCGCAUGCGCCGAUGAUGAGUCGGACUGGUCCGAGUCGCAGAUGAACGCUAGUGAUCAAGCCUUCGGGGUUGAUGACGACGAAUUACCAUCGAGUGGUCAACAGACACCAAACAGUAUUCAAGCUCCCAUCGAUGAAAACUUAUACGAACAGAUUGAAAAUCCUCAACCGGUUCAUGAAUUUGGCAACAGAAUACUGGAUCAAAUUGAACAGUUUAAAAACCAUUUUGACAAUCGUGACCGUGAGCUUCAUAGCAGAUUAGACACUUUCGACCGCAAACUUCAGCAGUUAGACGAUCGUGUACGUCAGAUUUAUGUUCAGCUGGAUGCUCAUGAUGGUGCUAUUCACUUGGGUCUAGAUAGACAGCGUUUAGCUAUAGAGGAAAUAGCUCGUGAUUUACGCCACCAAAUUCAAACUACCGACAAUUCAAUCGGUCGUUUGCACAACUUAACGCAAGAACAGAUAAGAGAAAGACGUCUAAUGUUCGAAGCCGUGUAUGCUAUGGUUUUCCCGAUAUUUUAUCCAUAGUGCAAAUUUUAUAAGACAUAGCAUUUUUACUCUACAUCCGAUGGUAUUUUACAUUUAUCUACCGCGUGUUUAAGAUAUUACCAUAUAUCUACCUCAUGUUUUAGCAUGUAUUUUGUUUUUAUCUAGCAUUUAUCUACCUCAUAUGUUUUUUGGUUUUAGCAUUUAUCUACAGCAUGUUUUAUCAUAUAUCUACCUCAUGUUUUAGCAAUCAUCUAUAGCAUGUUUUA